AAAUCGGCUAGAGUUUUAGUUGUUACAACUCGCACAACUUGAGAUAAAAACAACCACCUACACCAUCACAUAAGCAUUCAAUCUUCUUCUUUACCUUAAAUUCUUUUAAACAUCUUUUAAAUUUUUUUAACUCUUUUUCUCUCUGCAAAGCAGAUUUGUUGGAAGUUUAUUGAGGAUAAAUAUCGAGUCAUGGCGGUUUCUGUGACUCAAAUGUCUCUGAUCGUUGCAACUUUGGGUGCACUUUCGUUUAUUUUUGGUAUAGUGGCUGAAAACAAGAAGCCUGCAGCUGGAACUCCUAUAACUGGAAAAGGUGUAGUGAUUUGCAAGUAUCCGUCUGAUCCAACGGUUGCCUUGGGAUAUCUAUCUUUUGCGUUUCUUGUGGCGUCUACUGUGGCCGGAUAUCUGUCUCUGUUUUAUCCCUACAAAGGGAAAUCUGUUCCUCAGUCUGUGUUGUUUCGAAGCACCACUUUCUCAUCAUUCUUCAGCAUUUCCUUGUUUACCGGAGGAUUGGCAGCAACAUUGCUGUUAUGGCCAACAAUCACAGAGCAACUUCACUUGACUCGCAGAGUUCAUCUCAAUCCCGAAACUACUUGCCCUACUGCUAAGACCGGUCUUUUGGGUGGUGGCGCCUUUGUUUCUCUUGAUUCAACGCUCUUCUGGUUAGUUUCGCUUAUGUUAGCUGAUAAUGCACGAGAGGACUACUUUGAAGACGGAGAGACCGAUAGCAAACCUCAACCUGGUGUUGGUAUGCUGCAAACAGAUGAACUGGUUGCUGCACCUCUCAAGGGCAUUGCAUAAGCUUAAUUUGCUGUAUUUAUUUUGCUGCCUCUAGACAUUUUCAUGUUUUGUUAAUAAUACUGUAUUAUUAAUUUGCAUGAUCUUUCUAUGUUAUGAAUUUCAGGGUA